AUGUCUAAUUAAGAAUUAUAUACAGAACCUAAAAAUUAGUUAUCAUAAAGUUCUGAAAAUUAGGAUUCAUAAUAAUAAGAAGGGAGUAUUCCUCUUACUAUAUUUUCAAAAGGUUUUAAAAAUUAAGAAAAAUAAAUGGAAUUUCAAUAAUAAGAUGAAUUGAAUUAGUAAAAUAUGAAUCAAUAAUAAUAAUCUGAUGAGCAACAAUAAUUGAAAGAAGAAAAUUCACCUCAAUAUUUAUCAUUUGAAAAAUAACCUAUAGAAGGCGAAAUAUAAAUUAACUAAUAUGAUAACUAAUUUGAUGAUAAUUAAAGUAUUUAGAAGCCUCAAUAAGAAUAAAAGGAAGGAGUAGAAAAGAUAGAAAAUGAAGUUGAUGAUCUAUAAAAACUAUAUGAUGCAAUUGGAAAGAAUAAAGAAGAUCUUAAGAUAGAAAAAUAAGAAUCAGAAAUCAAGGUUGAAAAAUAAGAAUCAGAAAUCAAGAUAGAAAAAUAAGAAUCAGAAAGUUCAGCUGAAGAUAGCCCAGAUUAAAAAACAGAGAAAUAAAAUACAAUAAUUUUAAAAUCCUAAAGAUUAUAUAUGUUAGAAGUUUACGAAAGAAAUGAUGAAGCAAUAAGAAUUGAAUUAAUAGAAUAAUUGAAAACAUAAUUUGCUUUUAAAUAGACACAUCCUUUUGAUUUAUUAAUAAUGUAUGAUGAUGCUUUAGUUGAAUUUUAAAUAAGUCUAGAUGAAUUAGAUCAUGCCUUGAAAUCUAUAUCAAUUGAAUUACAAUUAGAUUAAAAAAGAAUUGUUUAGAAAUACUAUAGAAUACCUUAAAAGGAAUCUAUCUCAACUAUAAAAUUAUGUUGCAGUUUGGUAGAAGACUUAGGAGAAUUAGUUAUGAUGUCUAUUAACUAUAUUAUUAAUAAAUAUAGAUUAUUGAUAGAUAUCUUUUUUGAAGAAGUAACAGGACCAGAUAAAUUGAUCUCUGUAGAAACUUUGAAAUUGUUAAAUAGAGAAUGGUUUUGGGGGUUGGAUGAAGGGAAAUUAUAGUAAAUUUAUAAUUUAAUGACAGAUUAUGGAAAUAAUAUAUAUAAUUUUCAAGUUUUUAAAUAAAAAUUAUCUAAAAUAGCAGAGUAAGUUGAUAAGAAGUUUAAUUUUAAUGCAUAUUAAAAUAUAGUUAAAUCCAUUAUUAAGAAUAGUUCUAUUGAAUAAAUAUUUCGACUUUUUAGAGAAGAAGAUUAAGGAAUGACUGAUGAAAUUUAGAUUUAGAAGUUUAUAACAAUAAUAACCAAAUUUAUAGAGAGAGCCUUAUCAAAGCAAGAAUUAUUUGCGAUUAGAAAAUAUUUAGCAAAAGAUAAAGAUGAAGAUAUUGUCAUUUAUUAGAAGCUUAUUAAUGAUGCUUUAAAAGUAAUAGAUGAUGAUAAAAUAUAAAAGUAAUAGGAAUUGGAUAAAUUAAAAUUAGUACAAAAAGAUAUCAUUUUAGAAUACUUCAAGAAUAUUGUUGAAAAGUCUUAAACUAUACCAGAACAAUAUUUUAAAAUUGAAUAAUUAUUUAAAAUGGAUAAAGAAACUUUUAUUGAACAAACUAUUAUUUUGACUGGUUUUAUUAUAGAUAAAGAUAAAGCUUUAAUUAUUUAUGAUAUGAUUAAGGAGGAAAAAAUAGAUAAGGAAGAAGAUGAAAUUAAUGUAAUUGAAUUUACAUAAUUUAUAAAUAAAAAGAAAGCAGAGAUUGCAUAAUCUGAAUAGGAAAAAAUAUAAUAAUAAAAAGAAGCUUAAGAAAAAAUUGAUUAAUCUAAAGGCACUUCAUAGUAAAUUUUAUAACCUCCUUCCUUAUUAAAGUAAGGUUAAUCAUAACAAGGAUAAUCUUUAAGAUAGUAAUUAUAAUUGCCUUUGAGUGCAAUUUCAUAACCUUAAUCAGCUCUUAAAGAAAAACAAUCAAUGUUAUAACAAUAAGUAUCUAGCAGACAAUAGGAUAAAUCUUCAGAAAGAUAUUAAGAUAAGGUUUCAGAAAAGUAGAUUGAUAAAGAUAAUAGAGAUAAUAAUAAAGAUAAUAAUAAAGAUAAUAAAGAUAAUAAUAAAGAUAAUAAAGAUAAUAAGGAUAAUAAGGAUUCAAAAGAUAAUAAGGAUUUAAAAGAUAAUAAAGAAAAAGACAAACUUUAAUAAUAAUAAUAAUAAAGUAUUUCUCUAAGAAAUGAUAUUUAUUAGUUAUUUAAUGAACUUGAUGAAUAAAAGGUGAAAUUUUUAACAUAAUAAUAAAUGUUUUCAGGUUUGCUUAAAAUAGGAGUUGUUGUAAAAGGAUCAGAAUUAAUGAGUUAAAAAUCAUAUGAUUAUUUUAGUUUUGAAAAAGUAAUAAUGUUAUAGUUUAAACAAUUUUUUAAUUCAGCAAAAUUGAUUUAUAAUUUAAAAAAAGAAUUAGAUUAAUAUAAAGAAGAAGAAAGUGAUAUAGUAAAUAUUCCAUUAUUGAAGUAUUUUCUAAUUUAUUAAUAAUAGGACAUUAUUUGAGAAAAUUAGAUUGAAUGUAAAAUUUGAGGAUAUAUAAUAUUUGUUUUCAAUUUUAGACAAAGAGUAGAAGGGUAGCAUAAAACUGAGCAAUUUAUUCUAUUUGAUACAUAAGCAUCCAAUAUUAGAUUACAGAUUGAAUGAAUUAUUAUUUAGAGUAAGAAACAGGUUCUAAAUAGAUGAAAGGAUAUUAUGAUAAUUCGUUAA